UCUAAUAUGUGGGGAUAUGAGACGUUGAAGAAUAAGCUGAGGAAUCUAAAGGGAUUCUGGCGUGUUUUUCGUGAUGCUGCUGACCUCUCGGGCACGGAGUAUGACGAAGAUACUGGGCGGCUUUAUAUGAGUCGAUCUAACGCCAAGAAGGUCAGGGAUAGGAAUCCUCAUCAUGGGAAUAAAGUCAUUAGCGACGGACUUCUUAUCGGUCCUUAUAUCUCCUUUGAUUCAUGGGGGGAGAUCUUCUCAGAUGACCCGCCGGCAGGUCGUCUUAUCACCGCAGCGACAGACGAGCGGGCAUGGGGAGGGCACGCAGGAAGUGCGGCAGAAGCUCAAGAUUCGGAUGCCCUGAUGGCCGACGACGAUGAAGAAGAAGAAGAAGAGGAGGAGGACGAAAUUGAAGUCGAUAUUGAAGAGGAGGCAGGGAAUAGACUGAAUAGUCUGCCGCACAGUCAGCCACAGAGUCAACUUCCUAAUUCCUUGCAACUUCCCGACUCUCUGCUCGAAGGAGGGGAUUCACAACCGAUUCCUGCGUCGCCUCGCACGUCUCAUACGCCGGCAAUAAGGUUAACUCCUUCUUCCACACGCCUGCGAGAGCGGCAACGUACCGCUAUCUCUGAGUAUCACACACAGACUUCAUCAUCGUCAAGGAAGAAGUCGAAGGGCCAGGGCACGAUCACAGCGGAGGAGUUAAAGGAGCUUCUUCAUGAGGAUUCUGCGAGGCGCCUUUCCGUCACAUUACGGGCAGCCGGGUCAGAGGAUCUAGAGAGGGCUGUUAGCAACUGCUUGGAGGUUAUUGGAGAAGCAUACGGUAUACCUUAUGCCGUGAGGGCGAUCGCGAUGUUCAAAGAAGUGAGGAAUGCGGUGAUAUGGAAUGCGCUUGGUUCAGUGGAGGUGAAGAAGGCCUGGGUUGAGAGCCAAAUUGGCCCGGCAGAAUAA